AUGCUCAGAUCAUGCUGUCUUUAUUUUUUCGUGCUAAUUCAUUUAUUACUGUUUUCUAAGGCGGACACACUAACAGAAUCUUUAAUCGAUCAUUUUAAUGCAACGAGUGUCGAUCUUCCAUCCAUUAAUUUUUCCUCCUAUAAGAAUAAUGAGUUCAAUAUAUUUGGAUUAACCGACUCUAGUCCAUUAUUGUUAUAUAAAUAUUUUGGCCAAGAAAAUUUUACAAGCAAAUCUUUAUUUGCAGGUAACGAGUUAAUCUACUUCAAUAACAAUCCAACUAAUUUGUAUGAUAAUACCACCACAAAAUAUAUUAAAAUAAAUCAAUUGACUAAUCACAAUAAUAUUCCAAGCACCAUGAUAGAUCACAUAACUUAUUUUAAAGAAGAUAGUUUUAUAUUAAGUGGUUAUGGCUAUUUAUCAGCCACAAAUGGUGACGCCAGUUAUAAUUUGGCUAAACAGCUUUUUCUAAAUUUAACCAGUCUACAAUAUUUUGAAAUAUUUGACCAGGAAUUAUCCAGCGUUAACUCUAUAUUGGUUGAUUCAAAUAUAGUUUAUUUUGGUGGUGAUUUUUCCUUCAAUAAUGAAAGCCAUAGUAUUGCUAUAUGGAAUUAUACUUCAAAUAGCACUAGCAGUUUACCAUAUGUAAGGGGGUUUGGCUCAAACUCUACCAUCAAUUCUAUUUUGAAAUUAAAUAAUGAUUCUAUAUUGUUUGCUGGCAGAUUUAACACAUUAGAUAACUUUACGUAUUUGGAAAUACCAGAAUAUUAUACCAAUACCACACUUAAUACCACCACAUAUAUGUCAGAAAAUUAUACAAAUGGAAAUGACAGCAGCAUAAAUGAUCAACAAGUAAGCCAACUUAUCCCAUUGAUUUAUAGUACUUGGAACACAGAUAAUGGUGGAAAUUCACAGUUAAGUAAUGAGCAAAGCUUUAUUUGCCCAAAUGUUCAAAAUACUGAUGUUGAUGAUCAAGAUAACUGGAUAGGAUAUGAUAGUUCCAGUUCAUUUUUUUCAAUAAACUUUUUAAACGCGGAACAACCUUCUAAAAUGAGAAUAUUUAAUUCGCAACUUAACCCAGUUACUUUGUUUAGAGUGCUUUCCUUGCCCACCAGCGGUAUAAUGAAUUUAACUUAUCUGGAUCCACUAACCAAUACGAUUAAAAGUUGUGAUGCUUUUUGUCCACUUUAUCACAACAUAACAACUGAACAACAACAAAAUGUGUAUAUUAAUGAUAACACUACCAGUUUAUCAUACAGUCCGUUUUAUCAGGAUUUUGCCUUUGUAAAUGAGGUUGAAAUGGAGGGGUUAGAGUUUUUAUCUUUAAGUGGUGUUAAUACAGAAGUUGGAUUGGCUGGCUUUCAGCUAUUUGAAAGGUUAUUUUUCACUUAUGCUAAUAAUACUUUAAACGACCCAGAGUGUAACAGUGCGGGAAACUACUCCAGUGCUUCCAUUUCUACAACCACAGAUUGGUACAGAGGAUAUGAUGGAGAAAGCUAUAUUGCUUCAAAAUUUGAAUCAAAUAUUAAUAAUAUUACUGAUAAUACACCGUUUGUAAAAUUUAAUCCGCUAAUUAAUUAUAAUGGAAAUUACACUAUAAAUUUAUAUACUCCUGGCUGUACACAAGAUAGUACGUGUUCUCAAAGAUCAAUUGUUAAUGUCACUAUUUACUAUCAAGAUGAUGAAAAUAGUUCUACUGAUGAAUUGAAGUCGCAAAGUAAAAUUAUUUAUCAAAAUAACGACAAUGACAAGUAUGACAACAUAUACACCGGGUAUUUAUACUCUGCACCUGUGAUCAAGAUGGUUUAUUUUGAUACAGUAUUGCCCGAAAACACAAUUUCCAUUAUGGUUGCUGAUAGACUAUCGGUUUACCCCAAUGAAAUUCCGGAUCCAUAUUCGUCUACAACAACUAUUACCAGAAACUAUACAGAAAGCUAUUCGGUCAAUAAAACCAUUGAGUUGAAUGGGUUAUUUCAAUAUCAACCUUCUAAUUUUACCAACUCGAAUUUAAACACCUCACAGAAAAUUGGUAACACUUCAUUGAAUAGGUAUAUCAUUGACGUCUUUGGCACCAAUGAUUUAUUAAAUUUGUAUGCUGUUCCCAGUGUAAACGAUUCAGUUUUCUUGGCCAGUUCUACGUUGGAUGGGAUUAUUAAAUUACAACUAGAUAAUCAAACCAACGAAAUUAUGCAGGAUUCCAAACUCAACUCCGGUGGAUCUGUUUCUUCUGUAGGUGUUUUUGACAAUGACAUUGAUAUUUUUUUUGGCAACUUCAAUGUCAGCAACCAAGAAUUAAGCAUGUUGUAUUAUAAUCAAACUUUCAAUUCCUUUGGUAAAUUACCCGAUAAUCAAACGAUAAGGACAUUUCAAAACAUUACGUUUUCUAAUGGUACCACAUAUUUAGUUUUCAACAACAAAUAUUUUUUUAACCUCAAUACACGCUCUUAUGUAUUGAACAACUCAGAUUUUCAGACUUCUGUUUGGUCGGCAGAUUCUAACUCUAAUGGAGAUACGUUAUUUUAUGGUGGUUUAUUUGAUAUAAGUGGGUUCAGUAGUGUGGCGACUAACCAACCCAUCUCUAUAACAGACAAUUUAUCCACUAUCGGUACAUUUGGAAUACCAGCCAGUAAUGGUAAUGUUAAUGAAGUGUACGCUGCGGUGUAUAUUAACGAAUCUUUAACUGGAUAUGCAAUUGAGUCUAAAGCUAAUGAUUCGCUUUUUAAUUAUGUAACAUUAUUUGAUUCUGUGCAUAAUCAAACAAGGGAUUUGACAUCACGUACUUUUAAAAAUAAAAUAUCAAAUAUGGCUUUUGUAGAUAAUAAACUAUUAAGCGUUGGAACUGAAGGAACAGAAUUCACUAUUUUCAACUUAUCUUCAACAAAUAAUACAAUUUCAACCAUUGCCAUGGAUUUAAAUUCUACACUGGAUACAUCUUCUAUUCAAAGUGUUCUAUAUUUUAGCAAAAACAACACUUAUUUAGUUGGCGGGGAAUUCAAAAUUGGUGAUUGUAACGGGCUAUGCUUGUUAAAUAUGAAUACCAGAAGCUGGUCCACUUUCCUGAAUAAUAGCAUUAGUGGAGAAAUUAGUAAAAUGCAAUUCUCUAACAUUACUGGCUUAUUAUAUAUAGCUGGUAAUUUUACCAAAAAUAAUAAUGGUACGUUUUCGAAUACUAGCGAUGUUCAAUCUGUACAGUUUGCUAAUGUUAAUCUCACAUCAUCACAGAUCAAUCUUUUAAGAUACAAUGAUGAUGAUCAUUUAGUUAAUGAUUUUGUAAUUGCCAGUGAUUCUACUGAUACUAAUUAUGAUUCCGUCACUGUAAUCUCUGAUAACUAUAUUUAUCAGUACAGUAAUGGUUCAUGGUCUGAUAUUUUAAAUGAUAAUUCAUUUAAUUUGAAUAGUACUACGUUUACUUCGAUCCAAUUGUUGAGCAAAGCUGGAUCUAAUAUUAGUAGUAAAAAAAAGAGAAAUACUGGCGACAUUAUAAGUAGCAACACAGACAAUACUUUAUUAGUAGUAGGCCACUUAAACCAUUCGUCAUAUGGAAUUUUUGGUGCAAUGUUAUACUCGGAUGGAAAUUGGAUUCCGUAUUUACAAACAGUUGAUUUUUCUACAAAUUCAGAUGAUAAAAUUUCGCCCGUACUUUUUAUGAACCAAGACAUUUCCAAAUUUUUAUCAUCAGAAAUUCCUUUAAAAUCCUCAAAUACUACUAAUAUAACACAUGCUACCACUACUACUUCUUCUUUUUAUAGUACGAGCACUAUUAUGACCACUAUUAUGACAUCUUCUAGUACUCCUACAUCCACAACACCACAAAUCCCCACUGGUAUUAAGAAAAUAGACCGUGGUUUUAUUGUUUUAAUUGGAUUGGCUUUAAGUAUAGGUACUGUAGCCUUGUUAGGUUUAAUUGGAUUAUUAGUUAUGUUGUGGUACACAGAAAAAAAUAAGACCAGGAGACUAACACCACGUAUUAAUGAGGAUGAAAUGCUUAAAACAGUUCCACCUGAAAAGCUGAUGAGAUAUAUUUGA